UAAAUUGGCGCCAAGACAACAUCUUUUAACACAGGCUGCAUUUUUUAAAGUUGGUUGAUUGUUUUUCAUUUAUUUAACUGAUUUUUUUAUGUUUUAUUCAACAAUUUGUUUUAAUAUAUAUUAGUGAAAUCAUGAACGUACUUAACUUCUAUACCAACACACAAUUAAGGGGCAAUAUUGGUCAGCGCUUAAGCUUGGACUUUAAAGUUGCUGAAAUUUAUUGUUCACAUGAAAAUCACAUUACAUACGAAACAGAGGCUAUCUCUAUAGAAUCUCCCAUUCUGGCCACAGCUUAUGAUGGCGGCAAACACAUUGCUUCAGCCAAUGAAGUGGGUACUGUCGACCUUUUGGAUAUUCAUAAUCUUCAAUCUGAAUAUAAAUGGGAGCUUCACCAGAAUGCAAUUUUUGAUAUUAAAUGGCGACCUGAUGUGUCUGGACAAUUAUUAACCGCAUCUGGAGAUUUGAGCAUUACUUUAGUCGAUAUUUUCCGUCCCAAAGAUAAAAUAGUAGCAAUAGAGAAAAGUCAUAUUUGUUCGGUAAGAAGUGUAGAUUUUCACGAUUCUAAUGUUUUUGCCAGCGGUGCAAGAGAUGGACACGUCAAGGUUUGGGAUCUCAGAGACUGUAAUGCGCCUGUACUUGACAUUCCAUUCGCUCAUGUCGCUGAGACUAAAAUAUCAAAGCGUAGAUAUAAAAGGUAUAGGAGUUGUCCGGCAAAUGCUGUAACAUCGAUAUUGUUUUCUGGCUAUCAUCUGUUCAGUGGAGGAGCUAGCGAUGGAUUGAUUAAAGUUUGGGAUAUUCGUAAACAAACCUCUAAAAUUCAACCUCUUAAACAAAUGUCAUUUGGUGGUAAAAGCAAUUUCUCGGAUAAACAAGGUUAUACUUCCCUCGUAAUGUCGAAAGGGUUUCUCUAUGCAUCGUGCUCAGACAAAACAGUCUAUUGUUAUUCACCAUAUCAAGAAAAAAUUGUUGGUCGUUACAAAGGAGCACGCAUCAACAAUUACUCAAAAGUAUCAAUACUAAACGAUGAAUAUCUUAUUUGUGGCUCCAUGGACAAAUGUGCUUGUCUUUGGAAAAUUAAACAUCAACAGGAUGGUGAUCAACCAAUUUUGCCUUCGUAUAUUUUACCUGAAAACUCUGAAGUCGACUCAGUUGAAGCUGUCAAUCAGAUGGGUCUUAUUUUCACCGGUACCGAUCAGGGUAGAUUAAGAAGAUGGACCUUUGAACCAUUGAAACCAAAUGAAAACGGCAACUACACAGCAUAUGAUAAAAUAGAACCGUACAAAGAAGAGAAAAAGGAGCCAAUUACAGACAUUGAUAGUGAAAACUUUCCUACAAUCACCGUUGAAGACUAUGAAACUACUCAUCCUGUUCGUUCUAAACGUACUAAACGUAAUCUUUUUGCAACUCCUGUCCGUGGAGAAAAACGUCCUGUCCGUAAUAACAAGAGGCGACGUAGUCCCAGAACUCUUUCACCAAAGGGUAAAAAAUCAAGAACGAAACCAUCAGAACCAUUAACUCCAAUAACAAACUACUAUCAAAAAUUACCAAAGAAUGAUAGCCCAAAAGGACAAUCUUAAAUGUGAUAUUAAAACUGGUAACAUAAUGUUAAAUAAUGAAAAACAAAGAAAAGAGUAAAAAUUGCUGCGAAAAUAUUUUUGUAUAAAUACGACGCAUUCAGUUGCGGAUAUCAUAACUAGAGUUCAAUAUGGAAACUAAUUUCAAAAUUUUU